GCCGCCCCUCGGAAAGCCGGGAAGCCGAGCUCCGCGGGGUCUCUUCAUGCCGCCGACUGGUUUAGAGCCCGCCAGAAUGAACAGGAAGAAAGGAGACAAGGGCUUUGAAAGCCCAAGGCCCUAUAAAUUAACUCAUCAGGUCGUCUGCAUAAACAACAUAAACUUCCAGAGAAAAUCUGUUGUGGGAUUUGUGGAACUGACUAUAUUUCCCACAGUUGCAAACUUAAAUAGAAUCAAGUUGAACAGCAAACAGUGUAGAAUAUACCGAGUAAGGAUCAACGAUUUAGAAGCUGCUUUUAUUUAUAAUGAUCCAACCUUGGAAGUUUGUCACAAUGAAUCAAAACAGAGAAAUCUCAAUUAUUUUUCCAAUGCUUACGCAGCUGCGGUUAGUGCUGUGGAUCCUGAUGCAGGAAAUGGAGAACUUUGCAUUAAGGUUCCAUCAGAAUUAUGGAAGCACGUUGAUGAAUUAAAGGUGCUAAAGAUACACAUCAAUUUUUCUUUGGAUCAGCCAAAAGGAGGUCUUCAUUUUGUGGUACCCAGUGUAGAGGGAAGUAUGGCAGAGAGAGGUGCUCAUGUUUUCUCUUGUGGGUAUCAAAAUUCCACAAGAUUUUGGUUCCCAUGUGUUGAUUCAUACUCUGAAUUAUGUACAUGGAAAUUAGAAUUUACAGUGGAUGCUGCAAUGGUGGCUGUUUCCAAUGGAGAUUUGGUGGAGACAGUGUAUACCCAUGAUAUGAGGAAGAAAACCUUCCAUUACAUGCUUACCAUUCCAACAGCUGCGUCGAAUAUCUCCUUGGCCAUUGGACCUUUUGAAAUACUUGUAGAUCCAUAUAUGCAUGAGGUUACUCAUUUUUGUUUACCUCAGCUUCUUCCAUUGCUUAAACAUACCACGUCGUAUCUUCAUGAAGUUUUUGAAUUUUAUGAAGAAAUUCUUACAUGUCGAUACCCAUAUUCUUGUUUUAAGACUGUAUUCAUCGAUGAGGCUUAUGUUGAAGUGGCUGCUUAUGCUUCCAUGAGCAUUUUUAGCACAAAUCUGUUACACAGUGCCAUGAUUAUAGAUGAGACACCUUUGACUAGAAGGUGUUUAGCCCAGUCCUUGGCCCAGCAGUUUUUUGGAUGUUUCAUAUCCAGAAUGUCUUGGUCUGAUGAAUGGGUAUUGAAGGGAAUUUCAGGCUAUAUUUAUGGUCUCUGGAUGAAAAAAACUUUUGGUGUUAAUGAAUAUCGCCAUUGGAUUAAAGAGGAGCUGGACAAAAUAGUGGCAUAUGAACUAAAAACUGGUGGAGUUUUAUUACAUCCCAUAUUUGGUGGAGGAAAAGAGAAGGAUAAUCCAGCAUCCCAUCUACACUUUUCCAUAAAGCAUCCACAUACGCUUUCCUGGGAAUACUACACUAUGUUUCAGUGUAAAGCUCACCUUGUAAUGAGAUUGAUUGAAAACAGGAUCAGUAUGGAAUUUAUGUUACAAGUUUUCAAUAAACUGCUAAGUUUGGCUAGUACUGCUUCAUCUCAGAAGUUCCAGUCACAUAUGUGGAGUCAGAUGUUGGUUUCCACAUCUGGAUUUUUGAAAUCCAUCUCGAAUGUCUCUGGCAAAGACAUCCAGCCUUUAAUAAAGCAGUGGGUAGACCAGAGCGGAGUGGUAAAAUUUUAUGGAAGUUUUGCCUUUAAUAGAAAACGAAAUGUCUUGGAAUUGGAAAUAAAACAAGAUUAUACAUCUCCUGGAACUCAGAAAUAUGUGGGACCACUUAAAGUGACAGUACAGGAGUUAGAUGGAUCCUUCAAUCAUACAUUGCAAAUUGAAGAAAACAGUCUUAAACAUGAUAUACCCUGCCAUUCCAAAAGCAGAAGGAAUAAGAAGAAAAAAAUUCCACUGAUGAAUGGAGAAGAAGUUGACAUGGAUCUUUCUGCAAUGGAUGCUGAUUCUCCUUUGCUGUGGAUAAGGAUAGACCCAGACAUGUCGGUAUUGAGGAAAGUAGAAUUUGAGCAAGCAGAUUUUAUGUGGCAGUAUCAGCUCCGCUAUGAGAGGGAUGUUGUGGCACAGCAAGAGUCCAUUUUGGCCUUGGAAAAGUUCCCCACUCCAGCAUCUCGGCUUGCCCUAACUGACAUAUUAGAACAGGAGCAGUGUUUCUACCGCGUGAGAAUGUCAGCUUGCUUCUGCCUUGCAAAGAUUGCAAAUUCAAUGGUGAGCACAUGGACAGGACCACCAGCCAUGAAGUCACUCUUCACUAGGAUGUUUUGUUGUAAAACUUGUCCAAACAUUGUGAAAACAAACAACUUUAUGAGCUUUCAAAGUUACUUUCUACAGAAGACUAUGCCAGUUGCGAUGGCUUUAUUGAGAGAUGUUCAUAACCUUUGUCCCAAAGAAGUCUUAACAUUUAUUUUAGACUUAAUCAAGUACAAUGACAACAGAAAAAAUAAGUUUUCAGAUAACUAUUAUCGUGCAGAAAUGAUUGAUGCCCUUGCCAACUCUGUUACGCCUGCAGUCAGUGUGAAUAAUGAAGUUCGAACUUUGGAUAAUUUAAAUCCGGAUGUGCGACUCAUUCUUGAAGAAAUCACUAGGUUUUUGAAUAUGGAAAAACUUCUUCCGAGUUAUAGACACACCAUCACUGUCAGUUGUUUGAGAGCCAUACGAGUGCUUCAGAAGAAUGGCCAUGUGCCAAGUGAUCCAGCUCUUUUUAAAUCUUACGCAGAAUAUGGCCACUUUGUGGACAUCAGGAUAGCAGCUUUGGAAGCAGUUGUUGACUAUACUAAAGUGGACAGGAGUUAUGAAGAAUUGCAAUGGCUACUUAAUAUGAUUCAGAAUGACCCUGUACCCUACGUAAGACAUAAGAUUCUAAACAUGUUAACUAAGAACCCACCAUUUACUAAGAACAUGGAGUCUCCCUUAUGCAAUGAAGCUUUGGUAGAUCAACUUUGGAAACUUAUGAAUUCUGGUACUUCACAUGACUGGCGGUUACGGUGUGGUGCUGUGGACUUGUACUUCACACUGUUUGGCCUCAGUAGACCUUCCUGCUUACCCUUGCCAGAACUUGGCUUGGUCCUUAAUCUGAAAGAGAAAAAAGCUGUCUUGAAUCCAACCAUAAUUCCAGAGGCCACAGCAGGCAACCAAGAAGCUGCGGUUAAUCCAAGUAGUCACACACAGCUAGUUGGAUUUCAGAACCCUUUUUCAAGCUCUCAAGAUGAGGAGGAGAUUGAUAUGGAUACUGUUCAUGAUAGCCAGGCGUUCAUUUCCCAUCAUUUAAACAUGCUUGAAAGGCCGUCAACUCCAGGGCUCUCUAAAUACCGGCCAGCCAGCUCCCGAUCUGCUUUAAUCCCCCAGCACUCAUCAGGUUCUGAUGGCACACCCAUCACAAAACCCCAGUGGAAUAUGGAACUUGCACGAAAGGGAACAGGUAAAGAACAAUCACCUUUGGAGAUGAGUAUGCAUCCAGUUGCAGCAGCUCCACUCUCAGUAUUUACUAAAGAAUCUACGUCCUCCAAACACAGCGACCACCAUCACCACCAUCACCAUGAGCACAAGAAAAAGAAGAAGAAGCACAAACAUAAGCAUAAGCACAAGCAUAAGCAUGAUAGCAAAGAAAAGGACAAGGAGCCUUUCACUUUUUCCAGCCCCGCCAGUGGCAGGUCUAUUCGUUCUCCUUCUCUUUCAGACUGAGAAGGGGACAAAGGAGACCUUUUCCUCAGUGUUCAGAAGAAUAUAUGUAACUAAAGCUUUGUCAGCUAUAAAGAAUGAUAAAAGGAAAAAAAAAUAGUUGCCUCCCAUAGAGAUUCAAGUUCUAAACAUUUGAUUUACAUUAUUUAUACAAUUGAAAUCUAAUUAGGAAAAUGUGUUUUAUAGUUCUGAAUAAACCAUUUCAUCCUGUUUCCUCCUUAAAAUACACAC